UUUGUACCAGUUCUUUCAAGAUGCACCUCCUGGUGUAUCUUGGAUUAGUCCUUGUCCUUUGUGGCAUUUCCUCUGCUGCUCCAGCUGCCGCAGCUGCCCUAUUUCAAGAUGGGAACCCUGGCAAGCUUUGCAGCAUCAUCACAGUCUACGUGACAGUUACCGAGGACCCUUCACUCCCUGAUGUUAAAACCUUUGGCAUUGCCCAUCACUUGGCCGAGACUCAGCAUCUUGAAGCCGCUUCUGAUGGACUGGCUAUCACAGUCACAAGAACUCAUACUGGAUUCAAAACUGUCACCGUUACCAUAAACAUUUCCGGGGUUCCAAGCUCUGAUAUUAAUAUCUGGGAGUCUACAUCUGUCCGUUUCCUCCACGAUGGUCCUUCUCCAACUGAGAAGCAAGAGCAGAAUCUCACAGCGACGCUGACUACUACAUUCCAACCUCUCAAUGGAACUGAAGGCCCUAAGGUCCCCGAGACUGUCAACACCACGUCCCAAAGCCUCGCGGUCCCUACUGAAUCGGAUGGGUCGAAGGCUCCAUUGAUGGUCAAUACUGCGUCCCAAUAUCUCACAGCACCUACUGGAACGGCAGCGACAAAGGACCCAGUGACGGUUAAUACCACCUCUCAAUAUCUCACGGCCCCCACUGGAACGGGAGUACCCACGGCCGAGCUGACGGUUAAUUCGACAUCCCCUACCGAAGCACAAUCUGGUUCUGGCGGCGAUGAUGUCGCAGUCGAAACUGUUACAGUAUACCCUGUGAAGUCUAUCGCGCCAGAAACGAAUUCAAACGAUUCCAUUUACCAAACUGUUGCAGCAGGUCCAACCCCUCACGAUCCAGUGUCAGCGAGUCUGUUCUCAGGCGGCACCGAAACAACCCCCACUCAUACAGUUGGUAUUCUAACUAAUGUUACGAUUCGUGCACAAUCUCCGUCACAACGCACCACACUAGCAGCUAUGAAAGGAUUUGCCAAUGACGAGAGUAAACCGCUCGAACGUAAGGACGCACUUGGUGCAAUUCCUUUCGUACCUCUCAUUGAAGACGUUACAAAAAUCACCCUAGGGCUUCCAUUUAUCACCACAGUCACUGUUCCUGUAGAUUUUUCAAAAGCCACCGUAUACACUUCCGGACGAUCUUUCUCAACUUACAUUCCUGGACUAGGAGAAGUUCGGUUCAAGAAACCUACAACUACCCCGGCUGACUCUACCACGUAUAUGGCCCGACCUCCUGGUACUCAUGCACCUCUGGUGCCUCUUGACGAAGCUGCAACAGUCACCUUAAAGAUUCCAUUUAUCGCCACAGUCACUUUUCCCGCGGAUCUUUCAAAGGCCACCACGUACACAUCUGGACAUUUUUUCUCAACUUACAUUCCUGGAGCGAGAGAAGCUCGGAUGAGAAAACCUACACCUGACCUGGCUGACUCUACCACUGCCACAUCCACUCGGCCUCUUGUUACCGUUGUUACAUCAUGCGGCGAGCAAGGUAUCUUCAGGCUUACUUUUGAUGACAUCCCUCGUCUCGCCGGUCCAGCAAACUCCAACGACGUCCAACCCCAACCCAUUUCCAACCCCUACCACCACUUCUACUUCUCUCAAGGCUUCGUCGUCGCCCCUCCCCCCAAAGACCCCUACACCCCCAAAUCCGCGCCGCUCCUCCUCGAUUUCGUCACCCAGAGCACUGCCGACGUCACACGCACCCACAACUCCCCCCCGAUCGACGAGUACGGCGCCACCGGUGAAAUCGGUAUCGGUCAAAACCUACAGUGGGGGUGCUACACCUUCCAUGCCCUCGCGGCGUCAGUGGGCUGCGAUUCCUUGGGGCCACAAUGCGAUUGGCAGUUCACGGGCGUGCAGUUCAAUCCCAGGAAGCAGGAGUAUGAGGAAGUGGUCACUUAGCUCGUGUCGACGGCUAGCUGCCCGGGGCUGCAGGAUUGCAAGCUCACGGAUAUAGUGCUGCUAGAUGAUUUCACGCAUUUGCAGGCGCUGAAGGUUAAUGUCACGGUUGCCGGGGAGCCGAAGAAUUGGUGGAUGGAUGAUUUGAAAAUGGAGUGGGCGGAUGGAAGCUGUGAUGCUGGAUUGUGUCGCUCUAUGCAUCGUUGAGAAAUCAUGAUGCUGCGACGUAUGUCGGAUGUUGAGAUGCCUGUGGGUGGCCAUGAGCGACUUGUAUGAUUACGAAUUUGCGGCUUGUAUGUUAUAAAAUGGCCCAGUAUAUGGGCGGGAGGUGGAUUUGCUUCGAUUGCUUUACUAUUUGUACGCCAUGGAUUAUCCCAGGCUGUCUAUAUUAUCAAGGUGGAAGGUUGAGUUAUGGGGUUACAGUUCUUAUAGCUGAGGCUAUGAUUUGAAAGAGACGGCUCUAUGUCGUAUAAUCAAUCAGACCAAGUUCUACGCAAUAAAAAAAUGCUUCGCAUUAUCCAGCCUACCUUACAAAUGGCCAUUUUCUUCAGGGGUCAUCAGCUUUCGCGUACUAUGGGGAGGUUACAAUACGACGAAGUGUCCUAGGGAUACGAGUAAUUUUUCC